GCCUCGUGGCCAUGGUACACAGUCUCCUGCGGGUGUGGUUCCGGAAGGAGGACAAGUCCUGGGAGCAGCAGUGGGAGGUGGAUGCUUCGAAAUGGUAUCCGCUUCUAAGCCAUGUAAAGAAGGUUUGCGGUGUGACCGCCGGCGUCGUGCUGAUCUCCAUGGGCAUCGAGAAUGGCGCCCUCCACUAUUGUGCCUUUCGCCUCAUCAAGAACGCCCUCCAGCCUAAGUUGCAAUUGGAGGCAGACUUCUUCACAUCCAGUGGAUGGGUGCGCCCCUAUUUCAUGGCAUGGCCACGCCCCACCCUCAAGGCUGGUAGCUCCAACACGAAGAAAACAAGUCUGGAGGAUCAAGAAGCUGGUGGCUCGAAGAAGAAAACAAGCCUGAAACAUCAAGAAGCUGGCAGCUCCAAGAAGAAUUAACAAGUCUAAAGCGCUAAGGAUCUGAAUGCUUAUGCAUUGGAAUCUUCAGAUAGUACUAGUUGUGUUUAGCGGGUGUACUUUUGGUUCUGGCCUCCUGGGUUUGCACUGCUAAGUUAGUUGAUCCAAUUUAGCCAUCUACUAGCAUGAAUAAGAACUAGUUAAGUUCCACCCGCUUAUGUUAAUCCAUAUUAUGGUUUCUAGUGGUAAAGUUAUGUGAGCAUUCUGAACAAAACUUGUGCCAAAUUCUGUCUUACUUUUCCCAAGCUGAAGUGGUUUCAUAUUUU